AAUAAAAAAUUUAAAAAGAAAUCCUACAGAAUUACGAAUGGCUACCCUUCUCAACUUCACCGCCAUAUCAGUGUCUCAACAGCCACCAGAAUCCUACUUGAGAGGCAACAGGACGGCUACUUGUAGGACGAAAAGGAGAGCCAAUUCUACGUCAUUUGCCGUGAAUUCGCCGGAAUCUUCGCCGACUUCACUGGAAAAGCCUGAAAUCGAGCUUGAAUUCAUUGGUCUGAAAGCGGAAAGUGAUGGAUCGUAUCCAGUGGACAGAGCUAAAGCGAUAAGCGGAGAGAAGCUGUUGAGGAACAUCAUGUUGGAUAACAAGAUCGAGCUUUACGCCACGUAUGGGAAAGUGAUGAACUGUGGAGGAGGUGGAAGCUGUGGAACUUGCAUUGUGGAGAUUAUUGAUGGGAAAGAUCUUUUGAAUGAGAGAACAAAUACAGAACUCCGCUAUCUUAAAAAGAAGCCUGAAUCUUGGAGACUUGCUUGUCAAACUAUUGUGGGAAAUAAAGAAAACUCUGGCAAGGUUGUUGUUCAGAGGAUACCCCAGUGGAAGAAGCGAUAAAGAGACAAGAAGUACACUAUGUCAACCUGCUGCUCACAUCAAGGACUCUUGGUAACCAAUUCAAACUUGUAAGAAUAAUGCUUGUAUAUUUAUGUGGAUUUAUCAUUAGUUAACUGGUGUUUGUGUGCUGUACUUCUCAGUGUGAUACACUGCAGUUAAAAAUGAUAUACGAAUUGUGCAA